CUUAUUUUCUCAUUCUCUCCCCCCACAAAUCUAGUAUCAAACAGCUCAUCAUACUAAAAAUGGCGAGCAUGAUCCCAACCAUCUUCUCCGAACUCUACACCGUCGCCCUCUUCUUCUCCAGCCUCCUCCUCCUCAAAUUCCGGGUCCUCCUCCGCUCCUUACCCGGGUCGGACCCGCCCGCGGACCGAUCCGACCAGAAUCGGGUCAGCUCAAUCGAGGCCAACUUCCCGGCGGCCCCCUACUGCUCGGACCCGAAAUCGGCGGCGGAAUGCGCGGUGUGCCUCUCGGACUUUCACAAAGGGGAAAGCGUCAGGAAGCUGGACUGCAAGCACGUGUUCCACCGCGACUGCCUCGACAGAUGGCUGACGUCGCCGGCGGGUUUGGAAGGGUCGUCUUGCCCAGUGGCGGACCCAGAAAUUUUACAUAGGGGUGUCCUCUUUUAAAAAAUUAAUUAAAUACAAAUAAUUCUAAAAUAAUUCAUAAAAAAUAAAUAAUAUUUAAAUAAGAAAUACUUUACUCAUACAGUUUGAAAAAAUUCAAAAUGUGUUUUCAUAUUAAAAAAUGAUUGUAGAACACACUUGGAGUUGGGGUCUACACUAUUAAAAAAGAAUUGUCUCUGUAUAUCAUAUUAGACAAUCAUUCACGAACUGAUCACAUAUUCAAUUUCUAAACUUGUUCUUGAUGUAAUCCAAAGCUGAAAAGACUCUUUCAAUACUUGUUGUACAACCAUAAAUCAAUACAAAUUAAGGGUAGCUUGAAAUUUGUUUAAUUGUUAGAUUUUGAAAAUAAUUAGAGAUAGAGAAUGACAUUAUACUAUUACAUAGUGUUUAAAAUCGAAUAACAUAUGAGUUGUAGCCUAAUGAAAAUUAUGUUUAUUG